CGACUGUCGUAUUUCGGAAAUUAAAGUUUGCAUGUUUUUUCCUCGAUUUAUCGCUUUAAAUCCUUUGUUUAUCACAAACUGUCGUUCUAGUGAUUAUGUGUUAUCAUCUAGUGUGUGCCAGAGGUGUAUGAUAAGGGUGUCGUUGCAUGGUGGGGGCAAGGCGGCGAGAUGGGGGACAGCUUCCUGCACCAGGGGGACAUCGUGUCCCUCUACGCGGAGGGGACAGUCUCAGGCUUCCUCAGUACUUUAGGGUUGGUAGAUGACAGGUGCGUCGUCUGCCCGGAGGCGGGCGACCUCACUGAUCCACCCAAAAAGUUCCGGGAUUGCCUCUUCAAAAUAUGUCCCAUGAACCGGUACUCGGCGCAGAAGCAGUUCUGGAACACGGCGAAGCAGUCGGCCAACAACAAUACAGACACGGGCCUGCUCAAGAGAUUACACCACGCAGCAGAGAUAGAGAAGAAGCAAAAUGAGUUGGAGAACAAGAAGUUGCUGGGCACCGUCGUACAGUACGGCAGCGUGGUGCAACUACUUCACGUCAAGUCCAACAAGUACCUCACCGUAAACAAAAGACUGCCUGCGCUGCUCGAGAAAAACGCGAUGCGUGUCCAUCUAGACGCGAACGGAAACGAAGGCUCAUGGUUCUACGUGAUGCCUUUCUACAAGUUACGAUCUACGGGUGACAACGUGGUGGUAGGCGACAAAGUGAUAAUGAACCCCGUGAGCGCGGGGCAGCAAGUCCUACACGUGUCUUCCAACCACGAGCUACCUGACAACGCGGGCUGUAUGGAGGUCAACGUAGUAAACUCCUCAACCUCCUGGAAAGUGACCCUAUUCCUCGAACACAAAGAGAACCAAGAAGAGAUCCUCAAAGGCGGCGACGUGGUCCGUCUCUUCCACGCGGAACAGGAGAAGUUCCUCACCAUGGACGAGUACCAGAAGAGGCAGCAUGUGUUCCUGAGGACCACGGGGAGGUCUAGCGCCACAGCGGCCACUAGCAGCAAGGCGUUGUGGGAGAUAGAGGUGGUCCAACACGACCCGUGCCGCGGCGGCGCGGGACACUGGAACUCAAUAUUCCGGUUUAAACACCUCGCCACCGGACACUACUUAGCUGCCGAAGCGUGCGUUAGACCACCAGACGCACCACUAGAUACAGGGGAGCCCGCCUACCAACUAGUCUCCGUAGCACACUCCUCAGAAAUAGCCACACUUUUCGAAUUGGACCCAACCACUAUGACUCACUCCGACGCACCUGUACCGCAGAGUAGCUACGUCAGAUUACAACAUCUAUGCACGCAUACGUGGGUGCAUUCCACGUCGAUACCUAUUGAUAAAGAUGAAGAAAAACCUGUUAUGUCUAAGGUGGGGUGUUCAGUGGUGAAAGAAGACAAAGAAGCGUUUGCACUGAUAUCUGUCUCACCGAGCGAAGUUCGAGACCUUGACUUCGCGAAUGACGCCUGCAAAGUGCUUUCUGCGCUGUCUGGCAAGCUGCAGAACGGAAAUAUAGAACACAACGAGAGGAAAGCCCUGACCUGCCUCCUCCAAGACAUAGUUUACUUCAUAGCCGGCUUUGAAAAUGAACCAAACAAGUCCGAAGCCCUGGAGCUGAUAGUUGAGAACCCGAACAGAGACCGCCAGAAGUUACUGCGAGAACAAUAUAUCCUGAGACAACUGUUCAGGAUACUGCAGGGUCCAUUUCAAGAGUCACCGGAGGGCGAAGCGUUCCUCAAGAUCGAGGAGCUCUGUGACGCUCGCUACGCUGCAUACAAAUACAUCUUCAGGCUCUGCUACCGGAUACUGCGUCUCAGUCAACAGGACUAUCGGAAGAACCAGGAAUACAUAGCGAAGCAUUUCGGGUUCAUGCAGAAGCAGAUAGGCUACGACAUAUUAGCCGAAGAUACCAUCACUGCAUUACUACAUAACAACCGGAAAUUACUUGAAAAGCACAUUACGGCUUCGGAAAUCGAGACCUUUGUAGGCCUCGUCCGCAAGAACAUGAAGACGUGGCAGUCCCGAUUCCUGGACUAUCUAAGCGACCUGUGCAUCUCCAACAAGAAGGCUAUCGCCGUCACACAAGAACUUAUCUGCAAGAGCGUACUCUGUGCCAACAACUCCGACAUACUCAUCGAGACGAGGGUCGUCUCGACAAAAUACGAAAAAAGCAGCGGCUCCCCAAAGACUGACGAGGAAAUCAAACAGUACACUGUCGAAGACGAAGUCAUAUUGUUGUGGAACAACAAGAAGGAUUCCCGUUUACUAACGGAGCUAGCGGCCGAAGCCCGCGAGGAGCCCGCAGGCACGUCGGCCGCCAUCUUGGACUACUAUCGCCACCAGCUCGACCUGUUCUCCAACAUGUGUCUCAACAGGCAGUACCUGGCCCUCAACACGCUGUCGCCGCAGUUGAAUAUACAGCUGAUACUCAAAUGCAUGUCAAACAACUUGCUGUCCCACGAACUACGAGCCUCUUUCUGCCGUCUAAUGUUACAUCUACACGUCGACCGCGACCCUCAAGAGCCGGUGACGCCUGUCAAAUACGCUCGCUUGUGGACUGAGGUGCCGGACCAUAUACAUAUCAAAGAUUAUCAAUGCGUGAAAGGCGGCCCCGACGCCAACCGCGAGAAAGUUAAACAACAAUUCGCUUCCACCAUCGGCUUCGUGGAGAACUACCUGUGUAACGUCGUCACAAGAACGUGGUACUUCAGUGACCAUGAUCAGAACAAACUGACCUUUGAAGUAGUGAAACUGGCCCGGGAGCUGAUCUACUUCGGUUUCUACAGCUUUAGCAAUCUCCUGCGGUUAACGAAGACGCUGCUCAGCAUUCUGGACAGCGUGACCUCUGCCAUGGACCUCUUGAAUGAGACCAACGCCUUAUCCGGAGAAGUCGAAUCUGAAGGUGGAGUUCUUCGCAGCAUCGGCGAUAUGGGCGCCGUUAUGACGUCAAUAACGCUGGGAUCUGUCACUAGAAAUGCGAGUGGCGGCGGCGCGGGGCUGGGGACGGCGGGGGGCGCGGCGCCGCGCAGCGCCAGCGCGGCGCUGGCCCGCGAGCACCCGCUCGUCAUGGACACCAAGCUCAAGAUCAUCGAGAUCCUGCAGUUCAUCCUAGAUGUCCGACUGGACUACCGUAUCAGCUGUCUCCUCUCCAUCUUCAAGAAAGAGUUCGAGCAAGCCGGCGAGCGGGCAGACGUGGAGGCCAUAGGGCUACAGGCUGAAGGCAUAUUCAGUUGCAGAGCAAUUCAGACUGUACCCGACGGGUGUCUCCCCAAAAAUGUAGACUUGGACGGUCUCGACCUGGACGAGUGCGGAGGGCGCAUGGUGUUACGCGUGCUGCUGCAGUUGUGCUCUCAAGGAGCCUCGGCGGCCCUGGUCUCUGGCGCCCUCGCGUUGCUGUUCAGGCACUUUAGCCAGCGCCAAGAGGUGUUGGCGGCCUUUAAACAGGUCCAACUCCUAGUGUCGGACGCGGACGUGGAGUCGUACAAGCAGAUCAAAGCAGACCUGGACAUCUUGCGCCAGAGCGUGGAGAAGUCCGAAUUGUGGGUCUUUAAUAAAGGCCGCGCCGGCACGUUGGACGAACACGUCUCUCUCUCUGGCACAGUGGGUCCCGGCGGAGCGAUUCUAGAGCGCAACGCUUCCAUGGACAACGUUCUGGACACGUCGCGGACCGCCAAGCACGACAACAACGAGUACAAGAAGAUCAAACACAUACUACAACGCAUGAUCAAAUACUGCACUCACGGCAACAGCGGCGCCGCCACCAGCGGCAAGCCGCGGCGACACGAGCAAAGACUCCUGCGAAAUAUAGGCGUGCACAACAUUGUGCUGGAUCUACUGCAAGUCCCACACGAUGAAGAUGACGCAGCCAUGGAUGAACUGCUCGCGUUGGCGCACGAGUUCCUCCAGCACUUCUGCCACGGCAACCAGCAGAACCAGGCCAUUCUGCACAAGCAUUUGGAUCUAUUCUUGAACGCUGGGAUCCGAGAAGCCCAGACGGUGUGCGCGAUCUUCAAAGACAACGCAACACUAUGCAGCCAUGAGGGCAAUGAGAAAGUCGUCGCACACUUCGUCCACUGCAUCGAGUCCAGAGGCCGACGACCGGCCUAUCUACACUUCCUGAGGACCAUAGUACAUGCUGAUACCCAGUAUAUAAGGAGGAGCCAGGAUUUGGUCAUGCAAGAGAUGGUGAACGCCGGCGAAGACGUGCUGAUAUUCUACAACGACCGGGUGUCGUUCAACAACUUCAUACAGAUGAUGCGCCAGUACAAGCAGACCAACGAGAUGCCAGAAGCCUUGAGAUACCACAUCCAGUUGGUGAAGCUUCUGACAUGUUGCACGAUGGGCAAGAACGUGUACACCGAGAUAAAAUGUCACAGCCUGUUGCCGCUCGACGACAUCGUCUCCAUGAUCACGCACCCGGACUGUAUACCAGAGGUCAAAGAAGCGUAUGUAGGCUUCCUAAACCACUGCUACAUCGACACCGAAGUGGAGAUGAAGGAGAUAUACUCCAGCAACUACAUGUGGGACUUGUUCGAGCGCUCGUUCCUACAAGACAUGCAGGCGAUCCUACAAGGAGACGCGCAUUUGCAAGUCGCUGUCCCAGGCACGUCCGAGGAGCCGGCAGCUACCACAUGCGGAGCACAGAAGGCCUGGGUGAACUACGUGACCGACGUGCUAGUUCAGACAAUAUGCACGUUCUUCAACUCGCCCUUCAGCGACCAGAGCACCACUGUGCAGACGCGGCAGUCUAUCUUCGUGAAGCUGCUACAGACGACGUUCCGCAUCUACCAGUGCCCCUGGCUGACUCCCCCUCAAAAGCUUAAUGUGGAGAAGUGCAUCCGGACCCUUAGCGAAGUCGCAAAAUCCCGUAGUAUAGCGAUACCUCUAGAGCUGGAAGGCAAGAUCCAGGCGGUGUUCGAGAAAGUGGCGCAGUUCUCCCGACAGACCAGCAAGUGGCUGCUCGCCUCCAAGACCUCCAAACUGGAGAAAAUGGCUUCUCAGUCGAAUCUACAAAACGACAGAUCAGUAAUGGAGGGUCUACAAGAGAUAGUGGCACUGCUAGAAGAACAACUGCGACCACUGUUACAAGCAGAACUGUCGUUGCUGGUCGACAUCUUGUACAAACCGCAUCUGCUGUUCACGAGUCCGGGCGAGGCCGCUGCGGAAAACACGAGAGGCAUCUUUAUAUCCAGACUAAUCCGUCACACGGAGAAGCUUCUAGAAGAGAAGGAAGAGAAGCUGUGCGUGAAGGUGCUGCGCACGUUACGGGAGAUGAUGGCUGUGGAUCCGGAAUACGGGGAAAAGGGCAACCAACUCCGCAACAAGCUGCUCUCGCAAUACUUCGUGAACCGCAAGUCGGAGCCCAAGAUCCAGCCUCCGCUCAGCUCCAUCGCCGUCACGCACGGUCCCGGUGCGAAAGUUUUAAUGCGGACCGGGCAGACCCUGGCGCAAGUGCAGGUCCACCUGAACCACGAGGGGGCCUCGGACCUGGUGGUGGACCUCGUCAUCAAGAGCACCAACCGACCGGCCAUCUUCCUUGAGGCGAUACAGUUGGGUAUCGCGUUACUGGAAGGAGGCAACCCCACAAUCCAAUCGAGUAUAUUCACCAAACUGCAGAAUGGAGAAAUUUCACAAUCUUUCUUGAAGGUGUUUUACGACAAGAUGCGCGAAGCACAGCAGGAGAUCAAAUCCCUCGCGGCGAGCACGUCCUCCGCGGCCACCGGCGACAAGCAGCGGCAACACGCCGACAAACACAAGCAGCCUAUCACUGACGGCAAAACCCCGACCGGGCCGCUGGUAGUGGGCGAGGAGAUGGAUGACGAGGUGACCAACGCGUGUGGUACCGCUGUCCACGCUUACUCCGACAUACACACCAUGUCACACGGCACAACUGUCCUAGAAGAAAUAAUGGCGGAGAAGAAGCGAGAAGCCGGCAGCUCUGACGUGCUCCCAGCUAAAGUAUCCGUCAUGAAGCCCAUCCUGCGAUUCCUGCAGCUGCUCUGCGAGAACCACAACCCGGACCUACAGAACCUCCUCCGCAAUCAGAACAACAAAUCCAACUACAACCUGGUCUCCGAGACCCUCAUGUUCCUGGACUGCAUCUGUGGUUCCACCACCGGAGGCCUGGGGCUGCUGGGGCUGUACAUCAACGAGGGCAACGUGGCGCUCAUCAACCAGACCCUGGAGACCCUCACGGAGUACUGUCAAGGCCCCUGCCACGAGAACCAAAACUGCAUAGCGACGCACGAGAGCAACGGUCUCGACAUCAUCACCGCUCUCAUUCUGAACGACAUCAACCCCCUCGGCAAGACAAGGAUGGAGCUAGUGCUGGAACUGAAGAACAACGCUUCUAAACUUCUCCUCGCCAUUAUGGAAAGCAGAAAUGAUUCUGAGAAUAAUGCCGAGAGGAUACUUUAUAAUAUGAACCCACGCCAGCUGGUAGAUGUGGCGUGCUCUGCCUUCCAUCAGGAGCACGCGCCGGACGCCGACUCCGACUCGGAGGACGACGCGCCCGUGCAAGGCGUGUCUCCUAAGGAAGUGGGCCACAACAUCUACAUCCUGUGCCACCAGCUGGCCGGCCACAACAAGGAGCUGGCCGCGCUGGUGCGCGCCACGCCCGCGGCCGCGCACCAGCACCAGCUCGCGCUGCAGUACUACCGUACUCACACGGCGCAGAUAGAGAUAGUCCGAACGGACCGCAGCAUGGAACAGAUAGUAUUCCCCAUCCCGGAGAUCUGCGAGUAUCUGCCCGCCGACAGUAAGCACCGCGUGCUGCAGACCGCCGAGCGAGACGACCAGGGCAGCAAGGUUGCUGACUUCUUUUCCCGUCUCGACAACCUCUUCCAUGAGAUGAAAUGGCAAAAGAAGUUGAGAGGUCAACCAUUUCUGUUCUGGGUGUCGUCCUACAUGUCCUUAUGGAGCACCAUUUUAUUCAACUUCGCUGUUCUAAUCAACGUCAUCGUUGCUUUUUUCUAUCCAUUUCAAGAAGAAACCCCCAAACUGGGCCAGCACCUAUCGCUGGUGGUGUGGUGCGUGUCCGCCAGCGCAGCGGCGCUGGUGACGUGGCUGCCGCGCUCGUCCGGCGUGCGCGCGCUGCUGGCCAGCGGCAUCGUGCGGCUCAUCUUCAGCGCCGGGCCCGAGCCCACCCUUUGGACCCUGGGCAUGCUCACGAUAGUGGUGAAGGGCGUCCACCUCGUCUCCAUCAUGGGCAACCAGGGCACACUGUCCAAGGCUCCCCGCCGGGUCCUCCGGGACCCUGCGCUCCUCUACCACGGCGCGUACCUUGGCUUCUGCUUCCUGGGCAUCUGCUGCCACCCAUUCUUCUUCUCGGUGCUGCUUCUAGACAUUGUGUACCGCGAAGAGACCCUACUGAACGUGAUGCGAUCAGUGACACGCAACGGGCGCUCCAUCCUCCUGACGGCCGUCCUGGCGCUGGUGCUGGUCUACAUGUUCUCCAUCGUCGGCUACAUGUUCUUCCGCGACCACUUCCUGCUCAACGUCGACCGGCUGGACGACGACGACGACCCCCGCUACGACAUGGACAAGUGCUCCGACGACGCCGCCAACAAGUACCUGCACGACGGCACUCCGCAGUGCUCCCGCGGACGGUUCGUGUCCGUCGGCGGCGACAUACGCGAGCGCUCCUGCGACUCGCUCAUCAUGUGCAUAGUGAGCACGCUCAACCAGGGGUUGCGUAAUGGCGGCGGCAUCGGCGAUGUGCUCCGAGCGCCUGCUAGCUGGGAGCCCCUGUUCGUGGCGCGGGUGGUGUACGACCUGCUGUUCUUCUUCGUGGUGAUCAUCAUCGUGCUGAACCUCAUCUUCGGCGUGAUCAUCGACACCUUCGCCGACCUGCGUAGCGAGAAACAGCAGAAGGAGCUCAUACUCAAGAACCAUUGUUUUAUUUGCGGACUGAACAGAUCAGCAUUCGACAACAAAACUGUCUCGUUCGAGGAACACAUAAAAAGCGAACACAACAUGUGGCACUACCUCUACUUCAUGGUGCUCGUGCGGGUCAAGGACCCCACCGAGUACACCGGCCCCGAGAGCUACGUGCACUCCAUGAUCAAGUCGAACAACCUGGAGUGGUUCCCUCGGCUGCGCGCGCUGUCGCUGAUGGGCGGCGGCGAGGGGGAGGGCGGCGAGCUGGAGCUGCGCAACCUGCAGGCGCAGCUCGAGCGUGCGCAGGCGGCCGUGCGGGCUCUAACGGAACUGCUCACGGAGCUGCGCGACCAGAUGACAGAGCAACGGAAGCAGAAGCAGCGCAUAGGGCUGCUGAACUCCACGUCCGCGUACCUCCAGACCCUGCAGAUGAAUCUCCCGCCGUGAGAAUAGCGACUGGCACCGACAGUUCCGCGUGGGGACUGUGGCCGGCAGUUUUAACUAGCUUGGGUCACCAGCCAAUAUUCUACUUUAUUUUCUAAGUAAUUGAGGAUAAUUUAGCUUAACUAACCUACAAUCUUAUUUUAAAAGGACAAAUGCUUUGUUAUCAGUUCUUAUAUGACUUGACGUCGUUUGCGUAUUAUGGACAGUGAUACUGAUAACCUAUCGUCUGGUAUAGCUCGCUACAGAAAAGAACGUUUUGAGCUUUGUAAUAUCACAAUCAAUUUAUUUUAAAACCGUUACUUUCUGAUAAAUAAUCGACGCGCAAGUAUAUAUCCUAAAAUGCUACAUGUAUCAAAUAUUUAUUUAUAAAAUGGUAAUUUUCAAACUAAAGUAUCCUAAAUUUAUUCUGCAGUUCUCAAUUAAGUCACAAUUUUGUGUGCCAAUUUUUUUUUUGUCAUAUUGUUAAGACUGGGCCAGAGUCCCCACGCCGGCGUAUUGCGACUUAACAUGAUAUCGCAAACGAGAAGAUAAGUCGCUCCGUCACUCCGACUGUGCAACGGUUACCCAUCCUCAAGUAGGAGAAAUCAGAGUAGGUAUAUGUUCAUUUACUCUUCACAAAAUGGACUAGAUUUUGAAUUAUUAGACAAAAUAUUGAAAUAAAAGAAUCGGUAGAUUGAAAUGUCUUAAGUGAAUGUUUGUAAAGGAUUACUUUUUUAUAAGUAUGUUACCGAAUUACUGUUUAGGUAAAGUUGGGUUUUUUUGGUACCGUAAUUGUGUUUUAUAUAUGGUUAAUAUUCUGUCUAAUAAUUCAGCUCUAAAAAUGAAAUUUUGAUUAUGCUCAAUCGUGGAAAGCAAUAUUUAUUAUAAAUUAAGGUAACUCGUUAGAAUUACUUUAUAAUGUGUCAAAUCAAAUAUUCAACCUCUCUACUGCUUGCACAAUCAAGUAUAUACCUUAUGAUCUAUAUAUUAAGGAUCAAAUUCGAUUCAAACAUGAUUCCGAAAUACGUAUAUUGACAAUUUUAAAGCUACAUGACUAUGAUAUGAACUCUAAAAAUAAGAAAAUGUUAGUCAAAUUUUAACGUAGAAACUCUACAGAUCUUAUGAUGUAGGGUGAUUGCCAAUUGGAAGUCUUAUAAGACUUCUGAUCGGCUGACAAUUGGUGUUGUAAUAGACUACUAAAGGUAGUGAAGUAGUGUGUAGAUAUAUAUGAAUUGUACACGGAAGGUGUAAGAGAGAUUUAUUAUUACGUAAACUCCCAUUGCACAAGUUUCAAUAUGACAUUUACGGAUAGAAGAUACUUAUAAACUGUGUCCUGAAAAAUGAACCUUGCAAUAAGGUUAUUUUUGCUACUUUAUCUCAAGGUGCAUGUGUCUUUUCCCAAAGAUCGCCACUAAUAUUAGGAACCAAUAUUUAGAAUUUUGAAAAUGGCCCUUCAGCCAAAUAUUUAUAUCUAAUUAUCUAUGUAUUGGAAUUAAAUCAUUGCAACGGAUUAAUUGUGAAAAACUGUUAACGUAAGUCCGUUGUACCUCAACAGACGACCGUCACAUCUUUUGACAAUUAGUCUGCUAAACAUUUUAUGAUAUCUUCGGGAACUUUGCUAAUGGGAAACACUGAAUUGGAAUCAUUCUUAUGCGGAGUUACUAUUUUAAGCUAAACGGGUAGACGUAGACAUAUCUUCGAUCAAUGAUAUUCGAUAUAUGCAUAGUUAUAGUACGUCUUAUUACACUCACUCUGUGUUUCAUGGGGAUUUAUACAUUUAUGGAACUUGGAACAGAACAAUUUAUAAAUAAUAUUUAUUUACUAGGCUUAGGUCGACCAGGAUAUGGACUGUGAUUACCUUUUGUUUUGUAUAUGUCGCAGUCAAAACUGUGAACUGGUCAAAAGAACUUUUAACCGACAAAAACAGGCAAAACUGCUUUUGACUGAGCAUGUUGGUCAAAAGUAGUUUUACCUGAAAAUCAUUGGUUAAUAGUAAUUGUGACUGUUACUAUGAGUCAAAAGUACUCCCAGAAAUAGGUAGGUUAGGGUUAUUUUUUUUUUGCUACGCCCUAAAAACGAAACUGUUCUCAGAGAUAGGUAGGUUAGGGUUAUUUUUUUUUUGCUACGCCCUAAAAACGAAACUGUUCUCAGAGAUAGGUAGGUUAGGGUUAUUUUUUUUUUGCUACGCCCUAAAAACGAAACUGUUCUCAGGGAUAGGUAGGUUAGGGUUAUUUUUUUUUGCUACGCCCUAAAAACGAAACUGCUGCCAGAAAUAGGUAUGAUUUUCAGGUAAAACUACUUUUGACCAACAUGCUCAGUCAAAAGCAGUUUUGCCUGUUUUUGUCGGUUAAAAGUUCUUUUGACCAGUUCACACUUUUGACUGCAACAUAUAUAAGUCUAGUGGAACUAACCGUGAAUCAUUCAAAACGAUUAUAUUUAUUUAGCCCCUCCCUUCGCGUAUCAGCAAUGAUAAUUGAAAUACAAUACUUUCAAAUUUUUCAACUACGUAUUUUGUCGUUUUAUGACAGGCAAAUAUAGAUUCUAGGAACUGAAGGGCAAUUUAUACUUUGGACUUAUCGAAAAUCGAUUGAUAAUUCAUAUCUAGAAUUCUAAGAGUUAUUUAUCCAUGAAAUAUUAUCAGAGAAGCUCAUAUAAAACAAUAUGGCGUCAGUCUCAGUACCAGUAAUGUUACCAAUGCCAAUAUAAAGUUAUAUUUCUACCUAUUAUAUACGUAAUUGAAAAAAGUUACUUUAGAAACACGUGUAGAAGGUCCAUAUUUGUAUAAAAAACCAUUUGAGUAUCCUCUUCGGCGAAACGUCCACUGAUGAGGGAGGGAUGGUAGACCCUUGUUCCGACGUUCGUGUUCAAUUAGAACAAAUUUCAUCGUUCUAGUGUCCGGUACAGGGAUAGAAAAGUCUAUGUCAUGCAUUGAGAUAUUAUUACUAUAGAGAAGCCAUAGCAAACAAUGAAAUUGUCGCAAUCACAACCUGUACCACGCGAACAAAACGUCGUAAACGCCGUAAAAUUCAUGGCGCUAACGCGUUUAAGUCGCGAGACUCACGUUCCGCUUCAAUGAUGUGUUAUCAAAACAACAUCAACUCAUGGCGCAGAAUACUGGUUCUCUGUGACGGUUCUAUACGUUAGUAACAAUAGUUUAAUGAUGUCAUGACAUUUUUGUGAAAUACCUACAUAUACUAUUGUUUUUGUCUUUGAUAAGAUAAUUAACGCGAAGUAAUUAAAUUAAGUCUUUGUUAUCGACCAACUUUAUCUUGUUCGUGGUUUAUUUUAGUAUAUAAUCACUAUCAAUGUUAACAAUUUAGAUAUUGAGAUAGAAACGUAAUGAGUCAUCCUUAAAACUCUAUCGAAAAUAAACGCUAUAUGUAUAGUUUAACAUAAACUUUUCUAUCCCUAACCGGUUUAGUGUUCAAAGAUUAGAAUAUAUAAUUGUUGUCGGGGAGCUUCGUCCAGUUCCCGCCGUCUCGGCACUUCUGUUCGCGUAGGGUAGUUGUUAGUGUUGAUUAUUAUGUAUGAUAUUACGGCGGUCCAACUUACUCUAGGAUUUAUACUUCUACCGUGUGCUGCAUUAUUCUUGUCUGUUUCUCCGUACAUUUAUACUUAUUAGAUAUUAUAAUUCUACAUAAAAUACUAUACGAUGCUAUUGCCAGUCGAAAUAUUAACCUUUUGAGCGCCAUAGAAUUUGUCAUCGAGCAUGCUCGUGUCGCCGGGGGGCACGAAGUUAUACGAAGUUUUGUCUUAUUUAUCAGACCGCGGCGAAAUGAGCCCGAUUUUGUUUGUCUUGUAUAUCAGACUACGGCGGUCAAAAGGUUAAUGUCAGGAAAAUGAACAAGAAUUGUGUGCAUAUGGGUAGGUACUAAUGUUUUUACUGUUUUCUUAGCCUUUUAAAUACUUAUUUUUAAAGUACGUUGUUUAGAAAAUGUAUCUUAGUAUUGAACUUGAAAGGUUUUAACUAUUGUUAAAUCGUGAUAUUUUACAACUAUGGGCAAAGUGAGUAUUUAAAGGGUUAAAUUCUUGUUGUUAUCACUAUUAACCCUUCCAUUGUUAGUACAGUCAGCGUUAUAUACUUACGUAGUCGACUGUACCGAAGCUCCCCUAACUUCGGAUGUGCAAUAAGUAAUAGCUCAAAAUCUGUUACCUAUUUACAUUAGUUAGAGAGUAUCUAAGUUUAUUCGAAUCUUGUAAAGAUCUGUAUCGUGUGGCUAAAUUGUAUUUUUGUUAAUUAUUUUAUUGUAUGGAUAGUGUACGGGUGUGUCAUUAUUACGUUUGUAAUCUACGUGCACCCCUGUUUGGCAGCCGCUGAUAUUGCUUUUAACACUAAACGUAAAACAUUUGUUUUAAAAAAUGUAUGAAUUAAUGUGUUAACUGAUAUUUAGAAUAUCUUAUUGCAACGAUAUAAAAGUCCACAGAUGGUCAGUGAAGUUUUGCAGUUAGGGCCAGUUGCACCAGCCACAUUUAACGGACUGAUUGACGUCCAUCAACAGUCUAGUAUGAAACUUCCCAUACAAUAAAAUUUAGCGAACGCUUUAACGGUGACAGCGUGAAUGUCUUGUGUACAGUCAACUGUAAAAAUAUGGGUGUACAAAUCAUCUCAAAAAUAUGUCCCAUAACUCUUAUGGAAUUAAGAACUAUGGGACAUAUUUUUGAGUAAGUUGUCUACACCCAUAUUUUUACAGUCGACUGUACAUACUCCGUCAGAAAAAUACGUGUAAUCAAGGGUGAUCAUGUGUCGACGGUUAUUUCUGUAAAAAUGUUUGUAAUCAUAACGCGUUGUUAACUGUUAGUCACUGUUCUUAGCGUCAGUUGCACUAAACUGUUAGUCAUCGUUAAAGUCUUCGCUAAAUUGUAUUGUAUAGAAAGUUUCAUAGUAAACCGCCGCGGCGCGCCGGGUGACGUUGAUCAGUCUGUCAAAUGCGGAUGGUGCCACUGGCCCUUACUGCAGAAGUGACAUGUUCGGACUUCUAUGGCGUCUUUACUCAGGAAGAGUUGACCGCGAAGCGCUACGCAUGUUCUUUUAUAAACACCGAAUGUUGAGUUUUAUAAAUGUUAUAUUUAAGUGACUAUUCAGUAAUUUCAGUGCUAAUGCAAUAUUAGCGGCUUUGAGUUAGUUUAAGUGAAAGUUUUCGACGAGAGUUGUUCAGUAAAUGACAAAUAGUUUAAUGACGGAAUUGGAUCUAACGUAGGGUUAAUAUCUAAUAAGAACACUGUUUCUAGGUACUCAUUGUUUGUUAUGGCUGUAGGAAUAAUUAGUGUAUUAAAAAUCUAAAAGAUUACUUAAAGAUCUUCUUCUACCUUCGCUAUGAUGUUUUUGCCAUCGUAGUUUUUCAUUAGGCACCAUUUUUUUAGUUUAUUUCUAGUAGUAUUUUAAACUUGGUACGUAUUUUAUUUCUGUUCCUUAUUUGUUUAUGUGUACCGAAACUACACUAGUUAAUUUUUUCGAGAUUUGAUUUAGUGACAUGAAUCUAUUUUCUUAAUAAGUUUAUUUGUUAGUUUCGUACUCUGCAGCCAAAACACGCCAAUGAGCAUUUUCAAAACCAGUGCCAUCUCUUGUGCCGCGACAUACAGACAGACAAACAUGCAUGCCAAAUACACUUCCUUACCCCUGUGUACUUAACUCUUUUAUUGUAAAAUGUAUUUUUAAUAUCGUAUUUUUAGUCGAACGGCUUUGAUAUAUUUUAUCAGUGACUGUUUCUACUUAUUUCGACUUAUUACCUCUUUUCGAUCUUCCUUAGAAAAUCUGUAACCAAAAAAAUCGUUAUUUUUGUUAUUGUCUUUAACAUUCCCAAUGUUUCUUUAUUACUAUCGAAUUUUAUAUAAAUCUGUUACUAGCCUUCUAGAUCUCUAUCGAUCCAAGUGAAUCUAUAUCUAUAUACAUAGAAAAGUUUUAUGGCAAUAUUAUGGUAUUUAUUGCACAGAUACAUUCCUAGUGUAUUUUUUAUAUAAUUUAUUCUAUUUAAACUAGCGUUGAUCUGUAUUUUGGAAUCUAAAAGCUAAGUUAUUGGAUCUUAUAUUUGUACUAACGUAGACGGGCGGCGACACGAUCCGACACGAUUAGUCGUGUCGUUGCCGUGCCGUGUCGUGUCGUGUCGUGCGUCGCUCUCGCGGUGUUUUAUUGUGAUUGCCGUUGUGAUGUACGCAAUAAAACAUGUUUUGUUUUACUGAAAAAUAAAGAUAUGGCACAAA